AUGACUGACAAGAAGCUCCCCGAGGAGGUCGACCUCGUCACCCGGAUGCAGGUCGACGAGUCGGUCGUGGGCACCACCGAAAUCGACGAGUCGCUCUACAGCCGACAGCUCUAUGUCUUGGGCCACGAGGCCAUGAAGCGCAUGGGCGCUUCCAACGUCCUCAUCGUUGGUCAAAAGGGUCUCGGUGUCGAAAUCGCAAAGAACAUCGCCCUCGCCGGUGUGAAGAGCGUCUCCCUCUUCGAUCCCGCCCCCGUCGCCAUCGCAGACCUCUCUUCCAACUUCUUCCUGCAUCCUGAAGACGUCGGCAAGCCUCGCGACCAGGUCGUGGCCCCACGUGUCGCCGAGCUCAACGCCUACACACCAGUUCACAUUCACCAAUCUGAUAGUCUUGGCGAGAACCUGUCGCAGUUUGACAAGUACCAGGUCGUGGUUCUAACAAAUACGCCCCAGCACCUCAAGAUCCUCGUCGGCGACUACUGCCACGAGAAGGGCAUCUACUUUAUCGCCGCCGAGACAGCCGGCCUGUUCGCCAACAUCUUUUGCGAUUUCGGCAACAACUUCACCGUGCUCGACUCCAGUGGCGAGAACCCCGUCAGUGGUAUAGUGGCAGGCAUCGACGAGGAGGGUCUGGUCUCUGCCCUCGAUGAGACGCGGCACGGGCUGGAGGAUGGCGACUACGUGACGUUUACCGAGGUGGAGGGUAUGGAGGGUCUCAACGGUGCCGAGCCCCGAAAGGUCACGGUCAGGGGCCCAUACACCUUUUCCAUCGGUGACGUGUCAGGUCUCGGGCAGUACAAGCGCGGAGGUCUCUAUCAGCAGGUCAAGAUGCCCAAGUUCAUCAGCUUCAAGAGCAUUUCUGCUGCCAUGAAAGAGCCUGAAUUUGUCAUCUCUGAUUUUGCCAAGUUUGAUCGCCCACAACAGCUUCACAUCGGAUUCCAAGCCGUGCAUGCCUUUGCCCAGACCCAUGGUCGUCUUCCGCGGCCCAUGAACGAUGAAGAUGCGCUUGUCGUGAUCAGCUCGGCCAAGCAGUUCGCCCAAGCCGAGGGAAUCGAGGUGGAGUGGGAUGAGAAGCUCCUGAAGGAGCUCAGCUACCAGGCUACUGGUGACCUGAACCCAAUGGCCGCCUUCUUCGGCGGCCUCGCGGCUCAAGAAGUGCUCAAGGCUGUGUCUGGAAAGUUCAACCCCGUGCAGCAGUUCAUGUACUUUGACUCGCUUGAAUCACUCCCAACGAGUGUUGCCCGCACCGAGGAGCUCUGCCAGCCCAUCGGUGCUCGCUAUGAUGGCCAAAUUGCCGUCUUUGGCCGCGAGUUCCAAGACAAGGUCGCCAACGUCAGACAGUUCCUCGUCGGUGCCGGUGCUAUCGGCUGCGAAAUGCUCAAGAACUGGGCCAUGAUCGGUCUCGGAACCGGUCCUCGCGGCAAGAUCACUGUUACCGACAUGGAUUCCAUCGAGAAGAGCAACCUCAACAGGCAGUUCCUCUUCAGGCCCAAGGAUGUCGGCCAGAUGAAGAGCGACUGUGCCGCCAGAGCAGUUCAGGCGAUGAACCCUGAAUUGGUCGGGCACAUCGUCACCUUGAAGGACCGUGUCAGCCCCGAGACAGAGCACAUCUUUAACGAGGAUUUCUGGAACGACUUGGACGGUGUUACCAAUGCGCUCGACAACGUUGAGGCGAGAACAUAUGUCGACAGGAGAUGCGUCUUCUUCCACAAGCCUCUGCUGGAGAGCGGUACUCUUGGUACCAAGGGCAACACCCAGGUCGUCCUUCCCAAGAUCACCGAGUCAUACUCCUCCUCUCAGGACCCCCCCGAGCAGUCUUUCCCCAUGUGCACUCUGCGCAGUUUCCCCAACAAGAUCGAGCACACCAUUGCGUGGGCUCGUGAGUUGUUUGAGAGCUCGUUUGUCAAGCCUGCCGAGACAGCCAACCUCUAUCUUACCCAGCCCAACUACCUCGAGACCACUCUGAAGCAGGGCGGCAACGAGAAGGCCACCCUCGAGAUGCUCCUCGACUACCUCAAGAAUGACCGGGCUCUCACCUUUGAGGACUGCGUUCAGUGGGGCCGCAUGCUGUUCGAGAAGCAAUACAACAAUGCUAUUCAGCAGCUGCUCUACAACUUCCCCAAGGACUCUGUCUCGUCUACCGGCACCCCAUUCUGGUCUGGGCCGAAGCGCGCGCCUGAUCCGUUGAAGUUUGAUGUGAACAAUCCCACUCACUACAGCUUCAUCGUGGCGGCGACCAACCUGCAUGCCUUCAACUACAAUAUCAAUGUCAAGAACAAGACAAGGCAGGAUUACAUCCAGGCCUUGGAGUCGAUGAUUGUUCCCGACUUUUCUCCUGAUUCCAACGUCAAAAUUCAGGCCGACGAGAAGGAGCCUGAUCCGAACGCCGGCGCUGCCUUUGAUGAUGAAGCUGAGCUGAGCAACCUGAUCAAGCAGCUUCCCGAUCCCAAGUCCCUUGCCGGCUUCAAGCUCACUCCUGUCGAGUUUGAGAAGGAUGAUGAUACCAACCACCACAUUGACUUCAUCACGGCCGCCAGCAACCUGCGUGCCGACAACUACAAGAUCGAGCAGGCCGAUAGGCACAAGACCAAGUUCAUCGCCGGCAAGAUCAUUCCCGCCAUCGCCACCACCACGGCGUUGGUCACCGGCCUGGUCAUCCUUGAGCUGUUCAAGAUUAUCGACGGCAAGGACGACAUCGAGCAGUACAAGAACGGCUUCAUCAACUUGGCCCUGCCCUUUUUUGGCUUCAGCGAGCCGAUUGCCAGCCCCAAGGUUGAGUACACGGGUCCCGACGGCAAGGUGACGUUUGACAAGAUCUGGGACCGCUUCGAGUUCAAUGAUGUCACGCUGCAAGAGUUGAUCGAUGACUUCAAGUCCCGUGGCCUGGAGAUCUCGAUGGUGAGCUCGGGCGUGAGCUUGCUGUACGCGUCCUUCUUCCCGCCUGCGAAGAGAAAGGACAAGUAUCCGAUGAAGUUGAGCGAGCUGGUGGAGACGGUGAGCAAGAAGAAGAUUCCCGAGCAUCAGAAGGAGCUGAUCUUUGAUGUGGUGACGGAGGAUGCGGACGGGGAGGAUGUGGAGGUGCCGUACAUCAAGGUGAAGAUUAGGUAGAUUUUCAAGGGCCGGCAGGUUAGCUAGAAGAAAUGACAAAGGUUGGGAAUGAAGGGGAGGGAACAUUGUUCGGUUAGACUUCUAUUACUACCUUGGCUGAGGGAAUGGAUUAGGUCCCACGCCUUGAUUUUGGUGACAUGCAAGAUGGGUGACGCGUUUAGC